GUUUCAACUGCCAAAACCCAUGUGAGGCAUCCAUAUUGGAAAAGUAUUUAGCUCCUGUCAUUUCACUGAGUAUCUCUUCUCUCUUAUGGAUUUGAUAGUGUUCUCUUUAAAUAUUGGCAUUGAGAUCCUUGGGAUUUAUGUACACCCACUGUUUUCUUGGAUUUUACACAGACCAUGGAAUUUACACAGUCAGAGGGUUCCUCAAAUGUUUUUAUGACAUUCAGUCCCUCCAUGCAGCCUAGCUCUGUCCUCAGUUUCUCACGGAGCGCCACAGGAACUCACCUGGGUGGGUGGAUCACCAGUUGUCAGUUUGAUGGAGUAUGUAAGGGUUGUGCUCCAACCUAUCUCCUCAUGAGUCACAUUUGUACUGUACUGGUGGGCACUUUGCAUACAGCUCGUUUCACUGAUAGUAUAAACUUGUCUCCCAACAAUGACUCACUAUUACAAACAUUAAGGGAUGAGGAUGAAUUCCCCUACAAGACAAAGUCCGGGCACAGGCGCCACGUGGCACUAACAGAACGCUUCACAGAGGCGGACCUAAAGGGCUUACCAGAGCUGAACCCGCCUUCUCUUAUGCCGGCUGGUAAUGUGGGUACAACCGUAAAGGUAUUCUUACAGCUUAUUCAGUCAUGCCGCCUACCCCCACGCCUCAUACGCAAGCUGGGCCUCGCCUUCCCCAAGACAAGCUGCAAUCGGCGCUAUGGUAAUGUGCCCUUCCAGUACCAUAACACCAGCUUAGCACCAUCAACUGAGGAGAGUGUCUUCACAGCUGGUGGGCAUGAAAUAUCAGGUCCUGGUAGUGUGGCCCCUCCCUCAGGAACCCAGGGGCCCACUGACCCCUCAGGGGACCCUGAAAUACCAGAGGAAGACGAGGAUGCCCAGUCAAAUGCAGAUGAUGACGAUGACCGCUGUGAGGAGUGGGAGCGCCAUGAGGCCCUACAUGAGGACGUGACGAGCCAGGAACGCAGCAAGGAGCGGCUCUACGAGGAAGAGAUAGAGCUGAAGUGGGAGAAGGGAGGCUCGGGCCUGGUCUUCUACACUGAUGCCCAGUACUGGCAAGAGGAAGAAGGAGAUUUUGAUGAGCAAACUGCAGAUGAUUGGGAUGUGGACAUGAGCGUUUACUAUGACAAAGACGGGGGUGACAUGGACUCCCGUGACUACGUCCGCAUGCGGUAUGAGAAGAGGCUGAGGGAGGGGCUGGAGGACCGGUCUGGAGGACAAGAUCAGCCAAUCGGCAACUUUGAGAAGUUCACAAAGGGUGUUGGUCGCCGGGUGAUGGAGAAGCAGGGCUGGAAGGAGGGAAAGGGCCUGGGUAACAGUCAGGCAGGGAUUCCAGAAGCCUUGGAGAAUGAAGGACAGCAUCCUAAAUGCAAGAGGGGCUUUGGGUACCAUGGAGAGAAGCUGAGCACCUACUUUGUGAAAAAGGCCAAACCAGACUUGUUCAUAUCCACGGUGUAUGAUAAACCCAAAGACAUAGACCAAGGAGACCCCUUAUUGCGACGCAAUCCCAAAACCAGCAUGAAGUACAGAGGUUGGCAGCCAGGUGGCAACAUUUUUCCAAAAAGAUGACAACUCUAUUUACAUAAUUUCUUAUUACUAAUACCUCUUGUUACCAUUAGAAUUAAUGAUUUGUUUAUAUUAAAGCAUUUAUCAUACAAGGAA